GUGUGAAAAGCAUCUCGCGGACUGGUCUUCGUUCUCUCCCGUCACUAUUAACGGACUCUAUAUGACAUUUUCUUUUAAUAUUUGUUCAUUUAGCAGCGUUUGAGGAUGACGAGUAAAAUUAAGUUUGUUCAGUCUCUGAUAAAGACUGCAGCGCGCGCAAAUGUGCCCAAACACAUCGACCACUUCUCCAAGUUCUCCCCCUCUCCUCUGUCCAUGAAGCAGUUCCUGGAUUUCGGGUCCACCAAUGCCUGUGAACGCACUUCAUUUGUCUUCCUUCGCCAGGAGCUUCCUGUCCGUCUGUCGAACAUCAUGAAGGAGAUCAACCUGCUGCCGGAGCGGCUGCUGGCCACACCCUCCGUCCAGCUGCUCCAGAGCUGGUACAUCCACAGCCUGUUGGAGAUCCUUGAGUUUCUGGACAAGAACCCUGAUGACCAAAGCGUCCUUGAAAUGUUUGUGGAGGUCUUGGAGAGCAUCAGGAACCGGCACAACGAGGUGGUCCCCACCAUGGCUCAGGGGAUUGUUGAGUACAAAGACACUUUGCUCCAGCAGGACCCCGUCACUGACCACAACAUCCAGUACUUCCUGGACCGCUUCUACACCAGCCGCAUCUCCAUCCGCAUGCUCAUCAACCAGCACACUCUCGUCUUCAACGGCAACACAAACCCUGCCCACCCCAACACCAUUGGCUGUAUCGACUCCAUGUGUGACGUGCCGGAGGUGGCGCGAGACGCCUAUGAGAGUGCUAAGCUGCUGUGUGAGCAGUAUUACCUGGGAGCCCCAGAGCUGGAGCUGACGCAGAUAAACGCCAACAACACCAGAGAGCCCAUCCAAAUCUCAUAUGUCCCAUCUCACCUGUACCACAUAUUGUUCGAACUCUUCAAGAACGCCAUGAGAGCAACCAUUGAGAACCACGAGGCCAGCAGGACCCUCCCCCCCAUCAAAGUCAUGGUCGCUCUUGGAGGAGAGGACCUGUCAAUCAAUAUGAGUGACAGAGGGGGGGGCGUUCCCUUCAGGAAGACGGAGCGUCUGUUCAGCUACAUGUACUCCACCGCUCCAAGACCUUCCAUAGGAGACAAACACAGAGCCCCACUGGCAGGGUUCGGCUAUGGUCUGCCCAUCUCUCGUCUCUACACUCGCUACUUCCAGGGAGACCUACAGCUCUACUCCAUGGAGGGAAAUGGCACUGACGCAGUGGUUCACCUGAAGGCAUUGUCCACGGACUCAGUGGAGAGACUGCCCGUUUUUAACAAGACCGCUCUGCGUCACUACAAGCUGAGUCUGGAGGCGGACGAUUGGUGCGUCCCCUCUAGGGAGCCUCUGGACCUGGCCGUGUACCGCGUCGACAAGUGAUCCAGUCAUGAGCUGACAUGAUAUCUGACUCGAAUCCUCACAAACUGACCACAACAGGUCUAUCAAAGGCAGAGCAUUGUGGGACCAGAACUAUCAGGUCUUGGGUAGACGGGAACGAAAGUGUCCAAAGGUGGCCCAGGAAAUCAGAGAGAAGGCAGCGCAUUGACUUCCCGGGUGUCUGGGAACUUCCUCGAUUUGAAACAAGCAUCUUCUUCUUUCUUUACACGAGGAGGUUGACAUUCCGAGUCAAGAUGGCGGAUAGUCAAAGAUGAGGCAGUAGUAAUCCAGGCAGUGAGAGCUCGCUGUAGAGCUGAACUGAUGGUAGGGCUGAACAAUUUGUAGAACAUAUUUAAUAUGGAUAUUACUGACCAAUUGGGAUUGGGAUUUAUGAACACAUUUACCAAAAUGAUUGCUAUUUUCGAAGGAAUUAAGGUGCUUCUGUGCCAAUUAAGUUUAAAGCUGCCUUUACAUGACCAACUGUAAAAUGGCUCUGCGCUGACGUUGUGAUUUUCUUCCUAUGGAUAGAGCAAUACCACCGACUAGGCAGAAAAUUCCUUCCCUGUUGCGCAUCACUCGAAAUUUGUAAUUUCCAUUUUGUGUAACUCUGAAUUUGAUGGGCGUUGAACGUUUGACACACGACGAAUCAGAUAAGCUGUGUCAAGCAACACUGUAACCAUAGAAACAAAACAUCAACCUGUUGUCAACGUAGGGCUGUACCGUGCCCUACUUCCUGUUAAGCAAAAAGCAAAUCGCAGUUCAUGUCAAAGCAGCUUUAAGGUUUGAAGAUGCCAGCAGAAUGCCUUCCUCAGAGACAGUGCUUGUGCAUGUUGUGUGUUUUUGCUUUCUGAUUCAAGAAACAUUUCCCGUUUCUCUUUGUGCCUGCUGUUAGAGGGAAUCAGUUAAUGGGAAUUCUAUGCAAACUUGUACUGUUUAACUUUUCUUGUCUUGUACAAAUGGCAAUAAGUAGAUCCUCUCUUUGAGUUCCUGUUUUGUGAACCGAUGCUCAGUUACUGGCAUUAAAGAAGGAUCAAGGAUCAAUUGGUUAGACUUUGACAUAGAGUUACAUAAGCGUGUCCGUCUUCUGUUGACAGGGAUGGUUAUCCAUUAAUUAGCUGUGAUAAAAGUUUGUUGUCCAAAGACCUGCAGGGCUCAAACUGCAAAAACUGUAUCUGACUGUGAAUGAAAGUAAUAUCCAUCCAAUAUACUGUUCUUUUUUAUGAUUUACUUUAUGUUUUCACAGUUAUGUGUGACUUUGACAUUGUGCCGUGCCUCAUUUGAAGUGUCUAUAUUCCCUUGUUUAUUUGAAGUGAAGAUUUUAUAUUGAAGGGCUUUUAUUUUUAUUAAAAAACACAUUGAAAAUAAAUUGUCCUGAAGUUAA